AUGGGCGCAGCGCAGCAGGUCUUCAAUGUUGUCGAGCUACUCGAGAUGGCCAUUUGCCCAGUGGAGCGCCAUCAGAUAUGCGAGCUCAAGCUAGUCGGAAGGAACUGGCGCGAUCUGAUCGCGACGUCCAAAGCAAUCCGACGCGCACGCAUCCUUGCACCUGGACCAUCCAUUACCCGUUAUGACGACUGGUUUCUUCGGUACCUUGACACUCACGCACUGAAGGACGACAUCAAUUUCCAGCUCCUCGCAACAUGGCCAACACCUAACUACACCGAUGCCAACUGGCCACGCCUCAAUCCUCUCUUCCAUCAAGUCCACGCCGAGCUUGAUCAAGGCGACCGGGACUGGGGCCCGAGCUACGAUCUCACCAUCAUGCUCCCGUCAUCGGACAUGCUCACACGCGGCGAUCGAAACGGAAACGACUAUGCUACCGAGCCUCCGUGUAAGGCUAUGGCCAUAGGGACAACGAGCUGGAAUCGCGAUGAGCAGCAGUGGGUGACACCUGAUUUUGAUUACUACAAUAUCUGUUGGGCGUGGAAUCCAGAGGGCCUUACGGUGAAGGAUGUGCUUGAAGUCAGAGAUGCGCUCUUGAACACGCAGAUGGGGUUUAUUAAGAUGAGCGAUGCAGAUGAUGAGUUCAAUGUGCAGGAGGCCGGGGAGAUGUGUGUGUGCUUGACAGUGAAGAGCGAGGUUCGUGAGGGAGAUGGGAGUGCUGCCGAGGUAUUGAAGGAAGAGUCAUCGAUAUGGACUGGAGCUGGAGAUGGCGGAGAGGAGGGAUGGUGCUCUGGUCUGGACGCCGCCGGGUAG